AUCCACCGAAGCGCGGAAGAUUUAAAAUUUCUACAUUUUUUCGCGAAAGUUCGAGACAGAUGUGUGUAGAAGUGUAGGAAAUGCCUUCCCCGUCACGAAUUCCAAGAUGUGUCGUUAAAGGGGUUAAUAACAACCCUGAAAAACAUGCAUCACAAAAGAAUUUGCUGUUACAAACGAAGUGUUUAACAGAAAAGAACCAAAACAAUGAACCAACUCUGGCUGGGCAAAGAAAGAAAGUUGGUCCAAAGCGACUGAAACAACCAAAUCCUGUUAAUCAAGAAACAAAGAACGUAGCAGUAGUUAAAAAGUGCGGUUCAGACCGUAGAGGAAUAUCUGAAAUUAAAAGAUCAGAGCAAUCUCUGCAAGCAAAACUAAAGGAAAGUGAGGAUGAAUUAGAAGGAUUUAAAUUAAAGUUGACUCAGUCUGUGCAUGAACGACAAGAUAAAGAAAAUCUUAUAUUUGACUUGCAACAAAAUGAAUAUCAACUGAAGGAAGAAAUUAAACAAAUGAACUCCAGAAAUCUAUCUUUGGUGGAAAAACUGGAAAGUUUGAACAUUGAUCCAAUUUCAGGGGAAAAUAUCAAGUUUGAUCAAGAUUGUACUGGUUCUUCGGAGCUUGCAAAACACGAGGAAAAAGUCAAUGUUGAAAAUUUGUUGAGUAGUUUAGAGGAUAUGGACAAAGUAUGGGAAGACACGCAGAACUUACUUAAUGCUGUUAAACUGCCUGAAAUCUCUCUUUCAACUUGAUUCCCAUCAUGCCUUGGAUUACUUAUGAUGUUUGACUUUAAUUUUCUUGAGCUACAUAUUGUCAACAAUGCCAACACAUUCUGCCAUCCAUGUGAUGUGAAAUCGCUUUUAUGCUAACUGCCAACACACAAUAAUGUUAUGGGCAAUGGUAAGGGAAAAAGUAUGUUUUGUAAAGUUUUUGUUAUAUUAAAUGCAAUAUAUAUAGUUUGUAAAUACAGAAACUUUAUAAAAAA